GACAUGCCUUUCAACUGGAGGAUCAAGGAUGGUCUGUACCCAGAAUCGGCGGUUGUGCUGGAAGGUUUAAUUCCAGAGCAGAGUAAACGGUUCUACAUCCAGAUUGCUAAUGGCCAAUACGAGAGGGCGAAGGCUCUCCGAUUAGAAGCCCGCUUUGAGGACUAUCCCUACAUGGUGGUUGUUAUGCUCAACUGUUUUGAGAACAGGCCACGGAUAAAGGCGAGCCCCCUGAAGCCGGGUGGGAGAUUCAGGAUUGAAAUCAAAGUGACUCGCAACAGCUACAAGAUAUUUGCCAACAACCGACUUCUGGAUGAAUUCCCCCACUGCCUCCCGCCGAAGGACGCCAUUUUCCUGGAGAUGAAUGGGGACGUGAUGCUCGAAAAACUCAGUUUUCUUCCAACACAUCCUGUAGGCCACUAAAUGCU